AUGAAGCUUCUCACGCUCCUUGCCCUCGCGGCCACGGCCACGAGCCACGCCAUCUUCCAAAAGGUCUCCGUCAACGGUGUGGACCAGGGCCAGCUCAAGGGCGUGCGCGCCCCCUCGAGCAACAACCCGGUCCAGAACGUCAACGACGCCGACUUUGCCUGCAACAAGAACAUCCAGCACAAGGACAACAACAUCCUCACCGUGCCCGCCGGCGCCCGCGUCGGCGCCUGGUGGGGCCACGUCAUCGGCGGACCCCAGGGCUCCAACGAUCCCGACCACCCCAUCGCCGCCUCCCACAAGGGCCCCAUCAUGGUCUACCUCGCCAAGGUCGCCAACGCGGCCUCGGCCUCGUCGACGGGCCUGCAGUGGUUCAAGGUCGCCGAGAACGGUCUCAGCGGCGGCAAGUGGGCUGUCGACACGAUGAUCUCCAACGCUGGCUGGUACUACUUUGACCUGCCGACCUGUGUGGCGCCGGGUGACUACCUGAUGCGCGUUGAGCUGCUGGCUCUGCACGGCGCGAGCGUUCGUGGCGAGGCCCAGUUCUACUUUGAGUGUGCACAGAUCCGCGUCACCGGCUCCAGCACCAACACGGGCUCCAACUUUGUCUCCUUCCCCGGCGCCUACUCGGCCACCGACCCGGGCGUCCUCAUCUCCAUCUACGGCAACACUGGCCAGCCCGACAACGGCGGCCGCACCUACGCCAUCCCGGGCCCCAGGCCCAUCACCUGCUCCGGCAGCCCCGCCGCCCAGCAGCCCGCCCCCCUCGACACCUCCCCCCUCGACGCCUCCCCCUUCGACCCCGCCUCCCAGCUCGCCUCCCAGCUCGCCUCCUCCUUCGUCCGGCGGCGGCGGCUCGGCCCAGCUCUGGGGACAGUGCGGCGGUAA